CCUCAGCUGGUUCAGAUCUGCUGGAGUGAUCCAGCCCAUAAACCAUCCAUCCAUCCAGCCCUCCUCUUUCAGUGUGAUUUACAGGGAGGGGAGCUCCAGAGAACCGCAGAAACCCUGAUUAUACACUGAGUAUCCUCUCUCUGAACCUGUUUAGAGGUGAAAGUACAGGUGAUGAUGAUGAUGUGAUGAUGAGGAGGAUCCUGAACCCUGAAACAUCCUCCAGACAUCCAGAGAAGAGCAGACUCCAGUAAACCCCAACAACCCCAUACAGAGACCCGAUGAGGAGCCAAUCAUCAGUCUGCUGACCCCCAGCUUGAGCUCUUAUACUCAAAUAAAGGUACAGCCAUAUAUUAUAUAUUAUAUAAAAACCAUAUAUUAUCCUCUAAUAGAGAUACAGCCAUGCCUCACGGACACACAGACCAGCAGCCCGGUCACCUGCAGCCCGGUCACCUGUGCCCCCAGUGUGGGAGGAGCUUCUCCCGGCAGAGCAGGCUGGAGGUACACCUGCGGGUUCACACAGGUGAGCGGCCAUACCUGUGCUCCCAGUGCGGGAAGAGUUUCGCUCAGCUGGGAGGAAUCCUGAGACACCGGCGGGUUCACACCGGAGAGAAACCGUACUGCUGCCCGGACUGCGGGAGGAGCUUCACCCAGCAGGGUAACCUGCAGCAGCACCGGCGGGUUCACACCGGGGAGAAGCUCUACUGCUGCUCCGACUGCGGGAGGAGAUUCGCUCAGAACCGAACCCUCCAACGACACCGGCUGGACCACACCGGAGAGAAGCCGCAUCAGUGCCCGGACUGCGGGAAGAGCUUCGGAGACCGCGGCGGCCUCUGGACUCACCGGCGCAUUCACACCGGGGAGAGGCCGUACUGCUGCCCGGAGUGCGGGAAGAGCUUCUACCAGCUCUCCCACCAGCAGGAGCACCAGCGCAUCCACACCGGAGAGAAGCCCUUCCACUGCCCCGAGUGCGGCAAGAGUUUUAUGGGGAAAAGCAACCUCAGAAAACACCAGCGCAUCCACACCAGACCGAAAGCACGCGCGCGUUUAUUUAACCCACGAUAAUUCACUCGUUUUUCAUAAAAAUACAUGUUUACACUUUUUUUUGUUUCACUACUUUAUUACUUUUGAAAGACCAACAUAUAAA